UCAGUACUAUUUUUGUCCAAACAUGCUUGACUGCAGAAUUCUGAUGGUAUUAGGUGCAUUAUUGCUAGUAUGAUAGAACCACAUAUAUAGCAUUAUUGUUACCUUACAAAACUCACAACCCACACUCAUUUUCUUUGUUUACUAAGACAACAAUGGUGAAGAUUGAUAUCAUCUCCAAGGAGCUCAUCAAGCCCUCCUCUCCAACACCCCAUCACCUUAGAACCUACCACCUCUCCUUGUUAGAUCAGCUCACUGCAAUUUUAUUUUUCCCCCUUAUUCUCUACUACUCCAAUGAUGAAACUGGUGAUCAUACACAGUCCAACAUGUCUCAUUGCCUAAAAACAUCAUUAUCCAAUGCCUUAACCCGAUUCUACCCACUAGCCGGAAGGAUCAAAGACGAAAGAUCAGUUGAUUGUAACGACGAGGGGGUUGAUUAUUUGGAAGCCAGAGUCUAUGCCAAGCUCUCGGACAUCAUUGAAUUGCCAGAGGCUGAAGUCCUGAACCAACUUGUUCCGUAUACGAAAAAUGGAAGUGUUGUGAUUAGAGAUGUUCAAUUAGGCGUUCAGGUCAACUUAUUGGAUUGUGGCAGUAUAGCUAUUGGUGUGUGCAUUUCACACAGGAUUGCUGAUGGCCAUAGCUUUGUCAUGUUCAUCAAUACUUGGGCUGCCAUGGCUAGGGGGGAGCGCGAUUUGGUGCAUCCAAACUUGAACAACGCGUCUCUCUUCCCACCGCUAGACUUGCCAAAGCCAACCAAUUCUUCACAAGAGAGGGUACUUGUCACUAAAAGGUUUGUUUUCAAUUCCUCAGCAAUAGCUGCUCUGAAAGCUAGAGCAGUGACCGGAGCCUCAUGCACCGUGCAGCAGCCUACAAGGGUUGAGGUGGUCACCGCGCUGAUAUGGAAGUGUGCCAUGGCUCAAAGAGAUCUUGAUAGAUGUAGCACAUCAAUAGCAGCCCAUCAAGUGAAUUUGAGGGGGAGGAUGGUCACACCAAUGGCGGAAAAUCAUUUUGGGAAUCUUAUUAGGACAGCAUUCGCAACUAGUACUGAUGGUGAAGAGGAGUUGGCUUCCUUAGUGCAUAAAUUAAGGGAAGGAAUGAAAAAAAUUGACAUUGAUUAUAUAAGAAAACUAAGUGAAGAUGGUUAUGCAGUGAUCAAGAAUAGUAGUCUGAAGAAGCUGGUUGAAAGAUUGUCCGGCUCAGUGCAGUUGUUAAGCUUUAGUAGUUGGUGUAGGUUUCCAAUCUAUGAGGCAGAUUUUGGUUGGGGAAAGCCCACCUGGGUGAGUAUUGCUGGCAUAGCCAUUAAGGAUACUAUGUUCCUGAUGGAUUCCAAAAAUGGUGAUGGAAUUGAAGCAUGGGUUGUCCUUGAUGAACAAGAUAUGGCAAAAUUCGAGCAGCACUCCGAUCUCUUGAGCUACGUUUCAUCGAAUUAGUAAAUUUCACUUGUCUGUUACUUAAAUGAAGAAUGGUUGGCCAAUUAUAACUUUUUUGUAUCUUUACUGUCUAAUUAUUCUUUCUUAGAUCUCUUUCUUUUUCUUUUUCAUGAAAAAUUCUUGGGUAAAAUUCAUUUAGAUCCUCCUGAGGUUUGUCUAUACUUGAGUUAGACCCCCCAAGUUUGCAUAUCUUCAUUCAUAUCCCCUUUUACACGUUGCCGGCUGAGGGUGUUAAAGAAAGGAAUGAAAUGACUAAUCUACCCUCAUUGGA